AUGACAGCAACAAUAAAAACAACAAAAACAAGAACAAGGACAAGAACACGAACAACAACAAGAACAGCUACAGCAACAACAAAAACAACAACAAGGACAACAACGAGAACAACUACAGCAGCAGCAACAACAACAGCAAGAACAACAAUAAGAACAAGAACAUCAACAAGAACAAGAACAACAACAAGAACAGCUACAGCAGCAACAAAAACAACAACAAUAAGGACAACAACGAGAACAACUACAGCAGCAGCAACAACAACAGCAAGAACAACAAUAAGAACAAGAACAUCAACAAGAACAACUACAGCAAUAACAAUAAGAACAAGGACAACAAUAAGAACAAGGAUAACAACAAGAACAUCAACAAGAACAACUACAGCAGCAACAACAAUAACAAGAACAACAAUGAGAACAAGGACAACAACAAGAACAACUACAGUAACAACAAAAGCAAUAACAAGAACACGAACAACAACAAGAACAACUACAGCAACAACAAUAACAAGAACAACUAUAGCAACAAUAAGAACAACAACUGCAACAGCUCUCUCAACUCCUCUCCACAAUAUACCUAGUAGUCUCGGCAGCGGCAGCACCAGAAGAUCAAUAGGAAUCUUACGCCCGGUACGAGAUCUCCCCCCUCGUUCUCCUCUUCGUCUUGGUCUCGGUCUUGGUCCUCUUGCUCCUAACCGUUGUGUUCCGUACAGUGUACGUGUAAUGUGCUAUGUGCUAUGUGCUAUGCCAGAGGACAAAGGUGCUCGCCCUGAUAUUUCUUGGUUCCCUUACAGCACGUAA